AUGCUUUCAAGUUUGUCAAAGAUUCAGUUAAGCAAGAAAGUGUAUCAGCAGAAGAAGAAGGGAAGUUCAUCUAAGAAAAAGCAUUUAAAAAGAAAACAACCAGCUGAACCUUCUUCUCCUACAUCUUCUGAGGAAACUGUUUCUGAGUCUGGGACUCCAAAACCAUUAAGAACACCACCUCCUAAAACCUCAACCAUCAGAAGGUCACAAUCACCAAAAACACCUUCACCACCUAGACAUUCUUCACCAAUUCAAACAACUCCACUUCCUGAAAUUCUAACACUAGAUCCUCCAGCAAUGCCUCAAUCACAAUCAAUUCCAACUCAUAUUCCUUCAUCAACAAUAUCUACAACUGUUUUACUAUCUCCUCCACCGACAUACCUUCAAGGCCGCAGGAAGUCCAUUCCUGUUCAUAUCAAAAAGAAAACAUUCAAAGAUCUCGCUUUGAGGAUGAUCGUUUUUCACAAGCUGAACUAG